AUGUAUUCACAUUUUGUUCUAACCGUACUUCUAAUCCUGUUUAACGCUGAUCAUGCAAGCGCAAGUCAGCGAUCUUAUGUUAACCAGUUCGUGGAAAAGAUGAUACAAGGCCAUCAAAUGGUGCUUUUUUCAAAAACUUACUGCUCGUACAGUCACAAAAUGAAGCAUUUAUUACGCAAAUAUCAUAUUAGAGAUCAAAGAAUUAUAGAGCUUGAUCUUGAACCCAACAUGCAUUUAAUUCAGGAUUAUCUCAUGUACAGAACGGGUGGUAUUCGGACAGUACCACAAUUAUAUAUCAAGGGGAGAUUCAUUGGUGGUUUUGAUUCAACUCACGCGAAAGAACGAAAUGGCGAAUUAGCCACGAUAUUUGCGCGUGCAGGAAUAACGCACAAAAGCUCAUAA